AUGGUGUUAUCAGAAAAAGUGAACCAGCUAAUGGAGUGGGCGAGUAAAAGAUCUGUCAUUCGAAUGAACGGAGACAAAUUUCGACGCCUCGUCAAGGCACCACCCAGAAAUUACUCAGUGAUUGUGAUGUUCACUGCUCUUCAGCCUCACAGACAGUGUGUUGUGUGCAAGCAAGCUGAUGAGGAAUACCAGAUUCUGGCAAACUCCUGGCGAUAUUCCAGUGCGUUUACCAAUAAGAUUUUCUUCGCUAUGGUAGAUUUUGACGAAGGCUCAGAUGUGUUUCAGAUGCUGAACAUGAAUUCUGCUCCGACCUUCAUUAACUUCCCUGCUAAAGGGAAACCUAAACGAGGGGACACGUAUGAACUUCAAGUGCGUGGCUUUGCCGCUGAGCAGCUCGCUCGCUGGGUGGCCGACAGAACCGACGUCAACAUUCGUGUGAUAAGGCCACCAAACUAUGCCGGACCGUUGAUGUUGGGACUGCUGCUGGCUGUCAUCGGAGGCCUCGUGUAUUUGCGGGGAAGCAAUCUGGAUUUCCUUUAUAACAAAACGGGCUGGGCAUUUGCUGCUUUGUGUUUUGUGUUAGCAAUGACAUCAGGUCAGAUGUGGAACCACAUUAGAGGUCCACCCUACGCUCAUAAGAAUCCUCAUACAGGACAAGUGAACUAUAUCCAUGGGAGCAGCCAAGCCCAAUUUGUGGCAGAAACACACAUUGUUCUGCUGUUCAAUGGUGGUGUGACUUUAGGAAUGGUACUCCUCCACGAAGCUGCUACUUCUGACAUGGAUGUGGGGAAAAGGAAAAUUAUGUGCAUCGCUGGGAUUGGCCUGGUGGUGUUGUUCUUCAGCUGGUUGCUGUCCGUCUUCAGAUUCAAAUACCACGGCUACCCGUACAGUUUCCUAAUGAGUUAAAGGAUUCCAGAACCUGUAACGUUGGAAAGAUCGCGACUCUGAAAUUGCGCGUACUGGAACGGAAGAGCUGAAUACGUGUAUGGUUCGUGCUACCUCUCUUUACACGGAAUGAGAUAGUUAAACACUGAACCAAAGACGACGUGUAGUGCCUUACAUAUAACAAGCAAUUUGCUCUGAAGGACACAGAGUAUUAAGAUGCAAUCUCUUUCUCAUGAGCUUUACAUCUUCUUAAACAAC